AUGAAAGUCCACCCCAUCUCCGCACGAGAUGCCUAUUUCCGUGCUUCAUCAUAUUUCCGCGCCACCGACUUCUUCAUCCAUGGAAACCCCACCGAUCCUCAAAUCGAUAGCCUUUGGGCUCAACAGACUCUCGCUUUUGACAAGACCAUAGCGCUCUUACCUAUCCCCGGAGAGCGAAUUGUUCUCCAGGCGGAUGGAUUCAACGUCCAUGCCAUUUUCUUCCGCGCUAAGAACGACUGUGCCGGGCCCAGAUCCACUCUUAUCCUCGGAAAUGGAUUUGACGGCGCACAAGAGGAGAUGCUGCAUGUUGCUGGCUUUGCCGCUCUAGAGAGAGGCCACAAUGUGAUUGUAUACAAAGGGCCUUGA